UGCCCAACAAAAUUAUGUUGACUUUCUGCGCUUGGUCGCCGAGCAGUCAAAGACCGUAAAUAAGGAACUUAUACUCGAUCGACGACUAUAUCGGCAGCUCAUGCUACAGUCUGAAGCUGGACCCAAUGCGCUACCCAUAGAAACAUUGGAUCGGUACAAUCGCCUGAUCAAUGAAAUGCUGUACAUUUAUAAUGAAGCCACAAUUUGUGCUUAUCAACAACCGUUCGUCUGCAACCUGCGCUACAUACCCGAUCUCAAGGAGAUUAUGUCUAAAAGUCGCGACUGGGAUGAGUUGCAGCACACCUGGGUGGAGUAUCAUCGCAAAGCCGGACGUGAAAUGCGCGAUGGUUAUGAACAGCUGGUGGAUGUAAUGAACGAGGUUGCCUAUGUGAAUAAUGUCACCAACGGCGGCGAGUUUUGGUAUCUCCCUUAUGAGUCAGCCAACUUUCGACAGGACGUUGAGAUUGUUUGGGAACAAAUACGACCACUGUACGAGGGUCUACAUUCGUAUGUGCGUCGUAAAUUGCGCGACUAUUAUGGCCCGAAUCGCAUCAAUCGCAUUGCACCCAUACCCUCGCAUAUACUCGGCAAUAUGUAUGCGCAGUCGUGGUCGAACAUCUUGGACAUUGUCAUACCGUAUCCUGGACGCAAAUUGGUCGAUAUAACGCCACGCAUGAUCGAACAAGGCUAUACGCCAUUGCUUAUGUUUCAAUUAGCUGAGGAAUUCUUCACUUCGAUUAAUAUGUCGGCCGUGGGUCCUGAAUUCUAUCGCAAUUCUGUCUUGGAACAACCCUUGGAUGGACGACGUGUAUUUUGUGAGCCCUCAGCAUGGGAUUUCUGUAAUCGUCAUGAUUUUCGUGUUAAAGUUUGUUCGGAAAUUAGUCAGAAGGGCCUGCUGAGUGCGCAUCACGAGAUGGCGCAUAUACAGUACUUUUUACAGUAUAGGCAUUUGCCGAAAGUUUUUCGAAACGGUGCAAAUCCAGCUUUUCAUCAAGCGAUCGGCGAUGCUGUAACAUUGUCCAUAUCGACAUCAAAACAUUUUCAAACGAUCGGGCUGCUGCAACGCUCGGUCGAUGAGUCCAGCUAUGACAUAAACUACCUCAUCACGAUGGCUUUGGAUAAGGUUGCUUUUCUGCCUUUUGCCUUGGCCUUGGACAACUGGCGAUACGAUGUAUUUAGUGGGAAUACCAACAAGCACACGAUGAAUUGCCACUUCUGGAAUCUCAGGGAGCGCUAUGGGGGAAUUAAACCGCCAGUGCUACGUUCAGAGAAAGACUUUGAUUUGGGAGCAAAAUAUCACAUUCCAGCGAAUAUACCCUACAUCAAAUACUAUGUCUCCACUAUUUUGCAAUUUCAAAUUUAUCGUGGCAUGUGCCGCGUCAGUGGUCAAUAUGUGCCUGGAGAUCCACGCAAGCCGUUGCAUCGAUGCGAUAUUUAUCGACAUCCGGAAGCAGGAAAUUUAUUAAAACGCAUCAUGGCCAAGGGCGCCUCACAACCAUGGCAAGAAGUGCUCGAGGAAACACUUGGUGAGGGUCGUUUGGAUGGUACAGCGCUGCGUGAGUACUUCGCGCCGCUAGAGGAGUGGCUGCGACUUGAAUCAUUGCGCACAAAUGAAUUCGUAGGCUGGAACUAUGAUGGUGACUAUUGCAAGCGCAGCAUUGAGACGGCGAAUCUGCAAGUGACAGGUGGCUACUAUAAUGCAGCUGCUCGCACAGAGGUAGUGCCUUUGCCAGUAGCAUUGGUUAUGGGUUGGUUGGUGGUUUUUUAUGUGGCGUCGCCGAUGAAGAAAUAUUUUUAUAGAUAAAGAAUAAUGUAAUUAUAAAUUUAUAUAGAUUGUUGAUGGAUGCUGGAUAUUUAUUAAUUGUACAGUUUAAAAAGAAAAAAUAUUUAUAUCUUCAAAAGUCUAAAUUAUGCUAAC